CAAUCGUUUGCAUCAUAAUUCCUUGCGUUUUCCUUUUUCAUUUGGUUGAUUACUUAUUUUCAUAUACAGUUCGCUGUUUGGUUACACAGAAAACGUAGGAAAACCAGAAAGAAAAGGGGGGAACUAUGUCGGUCACGGCAGGUGUUAGUGAUACUGUAAUAGCAAUUCGGGAUAAACUUAGGGGGAAAAUUGGACAAACCAAAGUUAAAAGAUACUGGCCUGGGAAAGCUCCUGAGUGGGCUGAUGACGCCGAUGAAGAUGGCGAUAUUACGAUGGCUAGGUCCGUUGCUUUAGAAAAAGCUUUUCCUAGUCACGAAGAUCCGGGUAUCGUUUUAAAAGAUGACCGUAGGUUACGUCGUUUGGCUGAAAGUAGGGUUGACAAUAGAGAUGAAAUCAGGGCUGAUCAUAGACGGAUUAGGCAAGCCGAGAUUGUGUCCACGGAAGAGGAGGAGUCUCGGAGGAACGAGGAUGCCGAGGAUGAAGAUGAGGAUGCGUUGGAGGAGAGAAGGCGAAGGAUUAGGGAGAAGCUGCUUCAAAGGAAACAAGAGGAAACUCCGUUGUUGGAGGAGGAAGAGGAAGAGGAAGUGGAGGAAGAAGAGGAGGAAGAGUCGGAGUAUGAGACGGAUUCGGAAGAGGAACAUAUGGGAAUUGCAAUGGCUAAGGCUGUUUUUGUGCCAAAAUCCGAGAGAGAGACUAUAGCUGAGCGUAAACGGUUGGAGGCUGAAGAACGGGAUAUGGAGGAGGCGGAGAAGAGGAAGUUGGAACAUCGGAAGAUCGAGACAAGGCAACUUGUGGUUGAGAAGAUUAGGGAGGAUGCUGAGAUUCAGAGAAACAUGGAAUUGGAGGCGAACAUAGAAGAUGUGGAUACUGAUGACGAGGUUAACGAGGCUGAGGAAUAUGAAGCUUGGAAAGCAAGAGAGAUUGCUAGGAUUAAGAGAGAUAGGGACGAAAGGGAAGCAAUGAUAAAGGAGGAGGAGAUAGAGAAGGUAAGGAAUAUGACAGAUGAAGAGAGACGAGAAUGGGAGAGGAAGAACCCGAAACCUGCUCCACCACCAAAACAGAAGUGGAAGUUUAUGCAGAAGUACUACCACAAGGGUGCUUUCUUCCAGUCAGAUGCCGAUGAUCCUGCUGCAACUGCCGGAGCACACAAUAUUUAUCACCGCGAUUUCUCUUCCCCAACAGGUGAUGACAAGAUGGACAAGACUAUCUUACCCAAGGUCAUGCAGGUGAAGCAUUUCGGUCGUAGUGGUAGAACCAAAUGGACUCAUCUUGUCAACGAGGACACAACUGACUGGAACAAUCCAUGGACAUACAACGAUCCCCUUCGGGCAAAAUACAAUGCGAAAAUGGCAGCCGUGAAUGCACCUAUAGCGAAACCAAAAGGAAGCAAGAAGUUGAAGGAGUGGGAAACGAAAUAAAUACUAGUUUCAAAUUAUCAUUCUGAUUGGUGAGUUUCAUCUCUUUUUAUCUUCCCCCCGCGAUGGUUGCGGUCUUUCUUUGCGAUUGGUAAAAGCGUUGAUGCCUAUGUCUUUCCCUUGGGUCGUAUUUGUAUGAUUAACUGGAUUUGUAGAAUUAAAUUUACCGAGUUAGACCCAGUUUUCCA